GGUUCGUGGCAAAUUGCGACGCGUUCACGACUCUGUUGAGCCGCCUAUGGUAAUCCGAAAAUGAUCGAAACCCCGUGCAUGUGCAAAGAGAAGAAGGAGGAUGGGAACGGAGAGGAGAUUUCUUUCGGUCCUCGCACCGACGACACUUACCGAACCUGUAAUCUCCCGACACGAUUUAUGUAUCCACGAGUGUUCAAGGGAUAUCGGCAGGACGAGAGUCCGCUACCGCAUCCUUGUUACAGGAGCACGUCGAUGGAUUACGGAUGGUACGCACCGACGAUUCACACCGUGCCCACCGCUUAUUAUCCACGAAAUACUUCUUUCAGCGAGAACAUGGCGCGCGGCGGGAUGUAUCGUAAUUGCUCUCUCAAUACGGGACUGGACAAAAGCGUGGUUUAAAUUCCUUGCUCGUUCCUCUUCGAUCCUCUGUGAAUUUCUUUUCAAAUUGUCUGGAUCACAGAUUUGCUUUGUAAAGGAACGCAAAAAGUAGUUUCAUACAAUGAUGGUGUACAAUGUAUUUCAAUAUGGUGUAUUCAAUAAAUGUCGAACGAGUCUUA